CCCGCGCGUCCGCCCACGGGGCCGCAGGAGACAGCUUUGUGGUGUCUGCGUACAGGAGUGGCCGCAGAGGCAUGGAGGAGGUGGAGCAGCGCGGCGGCUGCGCAGAGCACAGUGCGAGGGACAAGCAGGAGCUGCCCAGCGGGGACCCCAAGGAAGGACAUUUCCGGGAGGACCAGGGCCCACUAGAGGUGGUGCUGCCGCCUGAGAAGGCUGAGGGCCGAGAGGGCCUGGGGCAGCUCUUGAGCCCAGAGGAUGGAGAAAGAGCGGCAACCCGCGAGGGCCCCCGAGGCCUGGGCAAGAAGCGCCUGAACGUUGACGCGCUCCAGUGUGAUGUCUCAGUGGAGGAAGACAGCCACCAGGAGUGGACGUUCACCCUGUACGGCUUCGACCACAGUGGGAAGGCCACCAGAGAGGACAUGUCCAGCCUGAUGCACACCAUCUACGAGGUUGUCGACGCCUCGGUCAGCCACUCCUCGGGCAGCAGCAAGACCCUCCGUGUGAAGCUGACUGUCAGCCCGGAGCCCUCCAGCAAGAGGAAGGAAGGCACCCCCACCGGCCAGGACCGGGAGCCCACGCGCUGCAGGACAGAAGGGGAGCUCACCGAGGACCCCAGGGUGGCGGACAAGAGGCUGUCUGCGCACGUCAGGGGCCCAGUGCUCUGUGAAGCCGGGGGAUUCCCGGCAUCCGCCAUUUCUAGGGUCGCCCCCGGCCUCCCAGUCACCCGCACCAGGUACAGCAGCUCGGGUGCCGGCCGGGCCGUCAGUGCGGGGAGACAACUGGUCACGAGCACGGCCUGGCUCUUCCACCGGCUGCUUCCUGGAGACGGACGGGCACAGACCAGGUCGCCGCCAGCACCCCGGGAGCAUGGGGAGCACUGA